AUGUCUGACAUUCACGACAGUCGACAGAAGGAGUAUCUUGCUGUGACGAUUUCCAUGACUGUGCUGGGCGCGGUGAUUGUUUUUCUGCGAUUUUUCUCACAAUGGAAAAAGGGAACGAGACUUCCUUUGGAGGAUUUUGUGGUGCUGGCAUCUUUGAAUAAAGAUCUCACUGGCUUAUGA